AUUCUGACUGUAGAUACCACGGAUUCGAAGCAGCAAGUCUAUCUAUACAACUGCGAAGGAGUCACAGUCAUUGUCAAGGGCAAAUUUAAAUCCUUGAUUCUCGACAAGUGCACGUCGUGUUCGGUCAUCUUUGAUACAAUUAUUUCGUCCACGGAAACAGUGAAUUGCAAAAAGGUGAAGUUUCAGGUCAAUGGAAUUUGUCCAGCUUUUACAAUUGACAAGACGGUCAACAUUUUGAUCUGGCUGAGUAAGGAAUCCUUGUCGGUCACCAACUUUACGACCAGUCUGAGUUCGGAAAUGAACGUGAGUUUUCCCGAUGGAGAAGACGUGAAAGAGCUUCCUAUUCCGGAGCAAUUUGUGCACAAGCUUGUGGACGGUGUUGUGACUAGCGAUGUGUCUGAUCUCUAUCACUAG